CAAGUGAGAAGUCGUGUAGGAACCUGCGCCCUAGAGUCAAGCAGCGGGGUUGUUUGCAGACAUUUCGCAGCAAUGAGUGCAGCUGACUUUGCCGCCGCAAUGGAUUACAUGGAAAGUAUGAAUUCCACUGAAUUCAAUCUGAGCUGCUCCAAUGGGGACUGCAUUAUACUGGAGUCCUUAUCCUGCCCCAACACGCUGAACAAGAGUGCUCUGCUCUAUACACUUGCUAUAGUCUACAUCUUUAUCUUUGUCAUGGGACUCCUGGCCAACUCAGUGGUUAUCUGGCUCAACCUGCAGGCCAAGACUACUGGUUAUGAAACACACCUGUAUAUUUUCAACUUGGCCAUAGCUGAUCUAUGUGUCCUUCUCACUCUGCCAGUCUGGGUGGUGUCUUUGGUCCAGCAUAACCAGUGGCCAAUGGGUGAGAUGACCUGCAAAAUUACACACUUGGUGUUUUCCAUUAACCUGUACAGCAGCAUCUUCUUCCUUACAUGCAUGAGUGUCGAUCGCUACCUGUGUGUGUCACUAAAUGGCACUGCUGGUCAGCGCAGAAGAAAGAUCAUACGACGAUUGGUCUGUGUCCUUGUCUGGCUUGUUGCCUUUGUUGUCUCCCUACCAGACACUUACUACUUAAAGACUGUUUCCUCCCCUGUUACUAAUGAGACCUAUUGCCGCUCAAUGUACCCCGAGGAAACCUUUAAAGAGUGGCUAUUAGGAAUGGAGAUAGUGUCCAUUAUGCUGGGAUUUGUUAUUCCCUUCCCAAUAAUUGCAAUCUUUUAUUGUCUGCUGGCUUGGACUCUUUCUUCAUCAUCAUCAUCUUCUGGAGACCAAGAGCGGAGAAUCAGUGGAAGGCUCAUUGUUUCUUAUGUAGUUGUGUUUAUGGUUUGUUGGCUGCCAUACCAUGCCAUGGUCAUACUAGAUGUCAUGUCUUUCCUGCAGCUGCUUCCUUUCAGUUGUUUUUUGGAUAAUUUCCUCUAUGCUGCCCUCCACAUCACCCAGUGUUACUCCCUGCUCCACUGUUGCAUCAACCCAAUCUUGUACAGUUUCAUCCACCGGAACUACCGCUAUGAGAUAAUGAAAGCCUUUAUCUUCCGCUACUCAUCAAAGACUGGUCUCACCAAGCUUAUUGAAUCUUCGAAGGUAUCUGAAGCAGAAUACUCAGCUGUAGACCAAAUUCCAAAGUGAGGCCCAUCACUGCCUUUGAUGGCUGCCUUAGAAAUCUCUGUGCUCCACACUUAUGUCUGAAUGGGGCAACUGGGACCAAAGUGGCUCGCAUUCCUGCUGAUAUUAUCAGCUGAGAGUGAAAUCGUCUUGAAAGCAGUUGCCCACGCAGGAGUGCAGUUUGGCAGAUCACCAUGCCAAUCAUAAGACAUUAGAGGCGCUCAUGCAAAGUGAAAUGUAAUCUGCUUGCAAAUCAUCUUUCGCUGUACUGUACCCUUAACAGGGAGAAUAAAGCACUGACACAAGUUUCUGUGAACACGUUCCUGUUCAAGAUGGCCAAGACCAAGCUUCUUUCUUUGCAAUAAAUAAUGGACUAAGCUGACGGAGUAACUCAUUUGUCCCAAUCUACAAGCACAACUCAAAAGGUAUCUCAGCCAAAUAGCCACAACUGGCAAACUCCCAGUGAAUGUGGCAUCUUGAGUGAAAGUGAAAUCUGUAAAUACUGUAUGUCAGCAACUGUUGUAAAAAUGUAAUAUAAAAUGCUUUUUCUAAAGCUCUAUAUAUAUUUUUCUAUAGCUUAUUGUAUUUAAAAGCCAUUUUUGUUAAUUGGCAGUACUUUGUAUUUGAAAUUCAAAUAGACAUAUCUAUAUAUCUUCUAUAUAUAAUAUCUAUAUUUUUGAAGUGUUUAUUAUGUUAUGUGACAACUGAAAUUUCCACUUGUUUCAUAAUGUCCUUUGAUGGUUUUGAUAUUUACUGAAUGCUCUUUUAGCCAUUAAAGCAUUUUGUUAAACCA